AUGGCGGGAGCACGAAACAAGAAGGAUGGAGGGCGCGGUGACGGAGGGCGCGGUGACGGAGGUCGCGGUGAGGCGACGCGUCAGUCGCGCCGAACGCAAGGAUUGCCGGCUGAACCGCACAAGGACCUGGAUGUCAUCAACCGGGAAGCGCGUGCGAGGAGGAAGGCAGAGCGGGAUGUGAAGGAGGCUGAAGACAAGGCCAAGUCGACUGAAUCCGCUGCUCAAGACGACCAAGUGUCGACGGAGGCGGCUGAAGAAGAAGACCUGCGUUCAAAGUCGAAGGCUGAACGCAUCCCGGAAAGGCAGGCUCAGGCGACUGAGUCUGCGAAGGCGUCUGAGGGAGGCGCCGAUGUGGGUGAGCCCCCGGCGGCGGAUCGAGUUUCGGACUCUCCGCAGCCGGAACCAGAAGAGGAGACUGCCAAGGAUGUGCCGGUCAAGGUCAAGGCUGAAGUGAUCGAGAUCGAGGAGUCGGAUGCCGAAGAGCGUUCGGCGCUUGAGGACGCGGAGGUGUCCUCGCGCUCGCCGCAGACACUUCAAAGUCUGAACGCAGAUGUGCGUCCAAGCUUGGGCGUGGGUGCUGAAACGGCUGAUACGACUCAGCUUGAUGAGACGGCGGCGAAGAACUUUGUGGCACGCCAAGUGUAUCGCUGGGAGCAGAUGCGUUCAGGACGUGUCGUCCCGCCCUCAGUUGAGUAUGGUUGGCCGAAUCCGCGGCCAGACUUCUCGGCCUCGCAGGAGGCCACAAUGGCUACGUCGGACUACUUGCGACGUCGAAUGGCUCUGGAGAAUCGAGAUGCGGCCUGGAUCGGUGAGCUGCGUCCUGAACGCAGAGUGUUGGGCAUCGCUCAAGACCUGACCGCAGUUGCCAUCCCGCCGAGCAUGAUGUCUUCGCGUGAGUGUGCGGCAGUGUUGGGGACUCUCCUCUUUGAAGCUGGUUUUGAAUUCGUCAACGCGGUUCCAGACUGGUUCAUGACGCAUGCGUCCAAGAUCAACCCUGGAUAUGUGCGUUCAGUCGUGGAGGAGGUUCAGCAACUCCUGACUAUCGAGCUCAUCGAGUGGAAGCAGCUCACGGCUGGAGUGUCGUUCAAGGUCGUCCCAGCCUCGGAUACAAAACCUGCGUUCAAGGAAGAAAAGACACAAGACGCUCAAGCUGUGAAGGAUGAUCUAUUGAUGGAUGGCUACGAAGUCGAACUGCUUGGAAUCCUAAAUGUGUAUGGACCACCCGUCGUGGUGGUCGUAAAUUUGGACGCCUAUUCGGAGGAGUUCGCCGACACUCGGAAGUCCGAGUGUGACAGCAUCCGGGGUCACUACCAGAAAUUGCUGGACGCCGCGGUCGACGACGGUCUGGAGCAGUCGUACAUCGAGGAGCCCGGGUGCUGUUCCUGGAUCUGGAUGGCGCCCUCGCAAAAGAAUGCCGAAGGCACGCCGUACUCUCUGAAGGAGCUGCUCGCGCUGGCGGACCAGCAGGAGCCCGCUCGGGUGCAGUGGAACACCUGCUCCUCGGACGAGGAGCGCAUUGCUCACGCACCGAUCCAGCUGGACCUCCGACUCCUGCCAGCGGCGGACCGACACCGGCGCUACCUGGUCUCCAAGAAGUUCCCGUAG